UGUCCUGCAAACGGUCGUGCGUAAUGCCGUUUGGCAAUGAGAAUGUUGUCAAUGGCUCGCGCAUCACUACCUCCGCCCAGCACGCGCGACUGUUAGAGCCAGACCACACUCAAGUGGCACGAGAAUAACACAGGCCUAAUUCAGAAAUGUUGAGAAAUUACUGUACAGUUGUCCUUGGAAAUAUCUAGGCUUCCCAUUAAAAAAUGAUUAAGACGCGCAUUGAGACGUAUCAAAUUACGGCUCAGUUUGGUAACUUAAUUUAGAAGUUGGAAAAGUUCUGGUCUGAUCCCACCAAUAGGAUGCGGAAGAGGGAAGGGGAGGGGACACGGAACGCGGACAAAAAAUUUCCUCAUAGCCAGUGCUUCCUCUAAGUAGUGUAUCAUUUCUCACAGUGCGCGGACCUGCUGUGGGCAACUUCGAGGCACCGCAGGAGUUUUGGACAGCUGGCAUUUGUGGACUGGGGAAGCCCAAGACUUUACAUGGGCUGUGCGUAAAAAUGCUCUAAUUUACCCUCUCUCUCUCUGGAUUAAAUCCGUUCUUAAGACUUUCUCUCGCCCAGCCUACUCAUGUUUAAAAUGAAUGAAGAACGGGAGAAGGGUCUCGGCGAACAACCAUGCAGCCCCUCGGGGACUGCUAGCUCCAUGUCCCAAGUUGAUCUGGAUUCAGACGCGCCAUCCAGUCCGACGGAGUCCGACGGACAAGGGCCGGUCCAGCAGCAGCUGGCCCGAGGCGAGAAGGUGGGCGGCGGGGAUGAGGACGAGCGCUUUCCCGUGUGCAUCCGCGACGCAGUGUCCCAGGUGCUAAAGGGGUACGACUGGUCGCUGAUUCCCAUGCCCAUGCGCGGAAGUCGCUCACUGAAGGACAAGCCGCACGUAAAGAGACCCAUGAACGCGUUUAUGGUGUGGGCACAGGCCGCCCGGAGGAAACUAGCGGAUCAGUACCCUCACCUCCACAAUGCCGAACUGAGCAAGACGCUGGGCAAGUUAUGGCGACUGCUCUCUGAGAACGAGAAAAGGCCUUUCGUGGAGGAGGCGGACAGGCUGAGGGUGCAGCACAAGAAGGAUCACCCGGACUACAAGUACCAGCCCCGGCGGCGGAAGAGUCUGAAGCCGGGCCAGAGUGACCCGGACGCGGGGACCGAACUGGACCAUCCCCAUAGCGACCAGCUGUACAAAGGCGAGGUGGGAGUGAGCAGCCUACAUUUAGGCAUAGGAAGCCUGCAUCACCCACACGACCAUUCAGGUCAACCUCACGGGCCACCCACGCCCCCCACCACGCCCAAAGCUGACCCGAGCCACGGCGGGAAGCACGACUUCAAGCUCGAGGGCCGACGCGGUCUGGAUGGCGGCCGUCAGAACAUCGACUUCAGCAACGUGGACAUAUCAGAGCUCAGCACCGACGUCAUCAGCAACAUGGAGACCUUCGACGUCCACGAGUUUGACCAGUAUCUGCCCCCUAACGGCACCCACGCCGUCCUCUCGGAUCACCAGGGACACGGGCAGAGCGCAGCCGGUGCUGGGUCGUUCGGUUCUUUCGGUCACGGCCACAGCGGGGCCGCCUGGGGCCACAAGGGCCCCGGGUCAGCUGGGUGUGUCAGCGGCAGCGGUGCCGCUCAGGCGAGACCACAAAUUAAGACGGAGCAGCUGAGUCCGCGACAUUACGCAGAGCAGUCCAGCACCUCCUCCUCCUCCCCUCAGCAGAACCUGGGCUCUUACGGCACGCAGACGUGCACCUCCUCCACCACCUCCUCCUCCUCCUCCUCUUCCUCCUCUCUGGCCGCCUCCUCAGGCGAUUACACCGACCUCCAGACCGCCAACUAUUUCACGGCGUACCCCGGCUAUCCGGCAGGUAUCUAUCAGUACCCCUACUUCCACUCCUCUCGGCGGCCGUACGCCUCUUCCAUUUUAAACAGCCUCUCCAUGCCCCCGGCACACGGUGGCGCAUCAAACUGGGAGCAGCCGGUGUACACCACCCUGACCAGGCCGUAGGGGACAUCCACCCACCCACCGGUGUACACCACCCUGACGAGGCCCUAGAGGACACCCACCCACCGGUGUACACCACCCUGACGAGGCCAUAGAGAACAUCCACCCACCGGUGUACAUCCACCCUGACCAGGCCCUAGGGGACAUCCACCCACCGGUGUACACCACGCUGACCAGGCCGUAGGGGACAUCCACCCACCGGACUCAUCUUCCACGGACUCUGGCCUAACACACACAGUGUAACUCAAUGGACUAAAGUUAGACUACAGUUACUUCUUGACAGACGCUCACAAACUUGAAGAUGAUGGAAAUACAAGUCUUUGUUUACAUAGUAGGGUUAACAUUUACACAAAUACUCUAUGCGCAUCGCGCACAGGAGUAAUGUGUUAUUUUUUUUUUACUCUUGUGUUUUUACUAAUUAACCAUUCAGUUGGUUCAAGUAGCCUAUCUGCAGAUGUUGUAACAAAACAGAUUUUUUUUUUUACAUUUUAGUACCAGUGAUGAUUACAUUUGAACUGUUAAAUUCCAGGCCAUAUUGUGGCAUAUUUCUUAACAUACCACAGACAUUGGACUCCCUAUCACUCGUGACAGACACACACACUCAGUGUGAGGUUGUGUUUCUUUGACUGAAGGAGUGAAUGGACUAAAGGCAUGUGCCCGGGCCUCCGCACCAGACCAGACUGGACACAUGAUUUAUGCGCUCUUGAAGAUAUGUGUUUCUAUAUUUCAGUUGCUUGGCUUUUAUGUUUUUAUCUUAAAAAAAAUCUGAGCAUUUGUGAAUGAAUUUUUGACAGGCAGGUGAGUCCUGCUUUAUUUCAACUGGAUUUAAAAUAUGCUGGCCGUAUGAUAUCCUUCGAUUCUAUACAACUAUGUGUCUUAAACUUUACUUUGUCUAAAAACUGUUUAUUGAUGGUUAUUUUCACAUCUCACACUUUAAGUCAGCAGUCAAAAUCACUUAAUCCUUCUCUGGUAGAUGACUAGUUCCAGAAAAGAGGAAGGUGGUAGACGUAUACGAACGCUGAAAUAUUAGAAACAGUAGUAGCAGUAGCAGCAGUAGUAGUAACAGUAGCAGCAGCUGU